AUGUGGUGGGGGCUGGCAGCUGCAAGGGCCCACAUCGAGGUGAUCCCCUGCAAGAUCUGCGGGGACAAAUCCUCGGGGAUCCACUACGGCGUCAUCACCUGUGAGGGCUGCAAGGGCUUUUUCCGGCGCAGCCAGCAGAGCAGCCUGAGCUACGCCUGCAGCCGCCAGCAGAACUGCCCCAUCGACCGGGCCAGCCGCAACCGCUGCCAGCACUGCCGCCUGCAGAAGUGCCUGCGCCUUGGCAUGUCCCGCGACGCUGUCAAGUUCGGCCGCAUGUCCAAGAAGCAGCGGGACCGGCUGCACGCCGAAGUGCAGCAGCAGCUGGAGCAGCGGCAGCGGGAGCGGGCGGCCGAGGGGGCACCUGCCGUCCCCCUGGGGCUAGCGGGGUGCCGGGGCCACCCGCUGACCCCUGCCGGCACCCCGGGGUGCCCUGGCACCCGCCAUGGCGGGACGGAGGGCAGGGCUGGUGCCAUGGCGGAGGUGGAGCCGGGGCGGCUGGAGGGGACCAAACGGGGCCCGGAUGGGGACGGGGACAGGGACAGGGCCGGCCCCGACUUCUACCCCCACCCCGAUGUCGGCAGCCUCCUGGAGUCACCCACAUCCUCUGGUGUGGAGAUCGAGCACCUCACCCAGAACGUCCUCAAGUCGUACCGGGAGACGUGCCAGCUCCGUGCCGAGGACCUGCAGCUCCGGCGCUGGGACACCUUCUCCCGUGAGGAGGUCUGCGCCUACCAGAAGAAGUCAAUGGAGGAGAUGUGGCAGCGCUGCGCCGGGCGCAUCACCGAGGCCAUCCAGUAUGUGGUGGAGUUCGCCAAGCGCCUGCACGGCUUCAUGGACCUCUGCCAGAAUGACCAGAUCGUCCUCCUCAAAGCGGGCGCCAUGGAGGUGGUGCUGGUGCGGAUGUGCCGAGCCUUCAACUCCGACAACCGGACUGUCUUCUUCGAGGGCAAGUACGCCGGCGCCGAGCUGUUCCGAUCCCUGGGCUGCCACGAGCUCAUCUGCUCCAUCUUCGACUUCGCCCAGAGCCUCUGCGCUCUGCACUUCUCGGAGAGCGAGGUGGCCCUCUUCAGCGCCCUCGUCCUCAUCAACGCCAGUGAGGGACCCUCCCCACCACCGCCCACCCCAUGCCUCAGUUUCCCUCCCCAGCCCUGUAGGAACCCCAAUGAGGGUUUGCCCAAAACCCCGGGGUUUUGCCCUAAACUGCCGCCGCAGGGGCGCCUGCGGGCACUGUGCUCACAGCACGUGGAGCAGCUCCAGGCCUUCCGCCGCCUGCACCCCGGGGUGCUGCACGCCGCCUUCCCCCCGCUCUACCGCGAGCUCUUCGCUUCCGAGGCCGAGACCCCCAGUGGCACCCGCUGA